AUGGUCCAGCACGGUCCCUAUGCCGGAUACGAGACGGGGAUGGACGCAGUCGCCGCCCAGCGAGAGACGGGCAUCUCUGCGAUCGUAGUGGGCGCAGGAAUCGCCGGACUCGCAUGCGCCGUGGAGCUCAAGCUGAACGGCCACUCGCCGGUUACCGUCUACGACAGCGUACCCAAGUUCGCUCGUCUCGGCGACACGAUUGGGAUCAUGCCGAACGCCGGGAGGAUCCUCGGACGCUGGCCGAAACUCUUCGACACUCUCGACCCGCUCUGCGGACACUCGCGCGGCCUCUCCAUCCUCCGCUACGACGGCAAGUGGAUCGUCGACCAGAAGCCGCCUCCCCUCGUUCCGCGGGAUCAGGAGACGGACGAGGACCGCCAGAGACGUGAGGCUGAAGAGAAGUACACGAGGGAGAACCCGAUGUUUGAUGCGCACCGCGGAGACUUGCACCAGACCUUGCUCGACUACGCCAAGUCCGUCGGCGUCGAAGCUAAGCAAGGCAUCGCCGUCACAGCCUACGAAGAGACCGACACCGGCGCCUCCGUCCUCAUCGACGGCGUCCCUCACACCGCAGACGUCGUCAUCGCCGCGGACGGCGUCAAGUCCAAAGCGCGCGAGAUUGUCCUCGGAUACGUCGACAAGCCCAAAUCUUCCGGCUACGCCAUCUACCGCGCUUUCUUCGACGGAGACCGCAUCCGCGAGAACCCUGCUUGCGCUCACCUUGUCGCCGACGGCGUCGACCAGCGCAACUGCUGGAUUGGCCCAGACGUGCACUUCAUCGCUGCCGGCGUCAAGGGCACAAAGGAGUUCUCGUGGGUCUUGACGCACCUUGACCAGGCGGAUGUUGAGGAGAGUUGGGUCGCGCGAGGGAAAGUCGAGGACGCGAUUAAGGUCGUUGACAACUGGGACCCGGUCGUCAAGGCGGUCAUCUCGUGCACGCCUGCCGAGAACCUCCUCGACUGGAAGUUGGUCUUCCGUGACCCGCUGCCGACCUGGGUCUCGCCGAAGGGUCGCAUCUGUCUCCUCGGCGACGCAGCUCACCCGCACCUUCCCACCAGUAUCCAAGGCGCCUCGCAAGGAGUCGAAGACGCAACGACUAUCGCAACCCUCCUCCGCCUCGCAGGCAAGCACGACAUCCCGACCGCCACCCGCGCAUACCAAGAGAUCCGCUACGACCGCACCGUCAUGACGCAGCAGCUAGGCGUGCAGGUCCGAAACACCUGGCACCGCCCGCGCGACUGGGACAACAUCGAUCCCGAGUCGGUCAAGUUGCCUCAGACGCCGGAGCUGUUCGCGCAUGAUGCGACGGCGGUUGCGAUUGCGCGCUUCCCCGAGGCGGCGGCGAAAGUACGAGCGCAGUACGGAGGAGCGACGGCGCAGGAAGAAGGUAUCGAGGCGGCGAGGGAGAACGCACUCGCUGCUUCGGCGGUCAUGUCGGUUCCGAUUUUGGCGUAG